AUGGCGAGCCUCUCUGAUACAUCGGCAGAUUUAGAAGCGAUUAAAAGAACAUUUGUUGGCAAAUGGAAACUGACGAAGACCGAGGGACAGGAUGAGUACCUUAAAUUGUUAGGUGUGAACUUCAUGCUAAGGAAGGUCGCUGCAGCAGCUGGAUCCUCUGGUACUACUAUAGAUAUUUCAGUGGAUGGGGAGCAGAUCCGCAUUGUCAAUACCGGACCAAAGAAAACGACUAACAAGCUCUUUAAACUUAAUAUAGAGUCUGAGGAUACGGACCCAGUCGACAACGCCGUGACGGCCAUAACCACAUUUGAGUGCGGUAGAUUGGUAACUAAUUCGAAGCCGAGGGACAAGUCCAAGGCCAAGGAAACGAAAGUCAGCAGGGAAGUCACUAUUGGGGCCAACGGCAAGGAGGAAAUGAUUAUGACAGUUAACGCCGAAUCGGUGGUUAUGAAGAGGUAUUUCGUUAGAUAA